UAAAAUUUCAUCACCGUUUUGGGGUCGGGGUUCCAAUUGGUCAGGCCGAUAGCUUCUCCCUCUCUCUCUCUCUCUCUCUCUCGACUCCGAAUCUCCGAUCUCUCAUAGUCACCAACGCAGUGCAGUUCCUCUACUGCCUUCAUCUUUCUCUAUCUCCGCGACAAGGGAGAGUAAUGGAUCCUUCAGAACUUAGGUACUUGGAAGAUGAGGGUACCCCAAUAAUGAAAACAAUCAAGGGUGCAACCUCUGGCUUCGUUGCGGGAACUAUUUGGGGUACCAUAGUUGCUACUUGGCACGAUGUGCCUCGGGUUGAGAGAAAUGUUGCACUUCCAGGGUUGAUAAGGACACUCAAGAUGAUGGGUAACCAUGGCUUGACUUUUGCUGCAAUUGGCGGUGUUUUCAUAGGCGUAGAGCAGCUGUUGCAGAAUUAUAGGAUGAAGAGGGACUUCAUGAAUGGAGCUGUUGGUGGUUUUGUUGCUGGGGCUACAGUUCUUGGUUACAAAGCAAAAAGCAUUCCAACAGCGAUUUCUGCUGGCGCAGCGUUUGCUGUCACUUCUGCACUGAUUGAUGCUGGGGGUCAGACCACCAGAAUUGAUAAUGGCAAGGAGUACUACCCUUACACUCAAAAGAAGCGGCCCACUGUCACUAAUUGAUCUCUCUUUGCUGCCGCUGAGAAGGCCAAAUUUGGCUUGGUUAUGUGAAAGCUCUGAUCACUAUUUACUGGAGUGGCUGAAUGUUUUUGGAGAUGUAACCAUACUCCUGCACUAUCUUUUUUCAAUGUUUGCUUCUUUUCAGUUCUCAGCGUUUGAGAGGAUGGUUUCAAUAAAAUGCUUUCUUAUAUUUGUCAA